AUGUCUUUCGGCGGUUUCUUCGGCGGCGGUUCCUCCUCUUCCUCCGACAAAAAUAAUAACACAUCCUCCUCCUCUUCUACCUCAAGCGGCUUCAGCAAUCCCCUCUCUCCGUCAUCCCCCAGUGGCUCCGAGACCCUGCAAAAACUCCAAGCCGCCGUCGCCGAGCAAGCCAACGUGGUAAACGCGCGAACUUUAAUAUCUAAGGUGAACGAGGUGUGCUUUGCAAAUUGUAUCACCAACCCUGGGACGAGUAUCAGUGCCGGCGAAAACAAGUGUCUCAACGCAUGUAUGGAGAAGUACUUUGACGCAUGGAACGUCACGAGUCGCGUGUUCACGACUAGGGUACAGAGGGAGAGUGCAACUGGCAGCAUAGGAGGAGUAUCGCCGGGAGGUGGCAAAGAGUUGUUUUGA